AUGGACGAAUACCACUUUCCCGACUCCCGCCUCAAGAAGAAGAUGGACAAUCCCGAAAAGACACCUCUUCUGCUCGUUGCUUGCGGCUCUUUCUCGCCCAUUACCUUCCUACAUUUGCGCAUGUUCGUCAUGGCUGCCGACUACGUCAAGCACAAUACCGACUACGAGAUGAUCGGCGGGUACCUGUCUCCCGUGUCUGACGCAUACAAGAAGCAAGGCCUCGCCCCAGCGGAACAUAGAGUUGCAAUGUGCCAACUUGCAAUUGAUAAGGCUUCCAGCUGGCUCAUGGUCGACCCAUGGGAAGCAGAAAAGAAGGAAUACCAGCCAACUGCAAAGGUGUUGGAUCAUUUCGACCAUGAAAUUAAUGUCGUCCGAAAGGGCAUUGACACGGGAAAUGGUACUCGGAAACCAGUCAAGAUAUCUCUGCUCGCCGGGGCCGACCUGAUCCAGACCAUGUCAACCCCGGGCGUCUGGAGCGAGAAAGAUUUGGAUCACAUUCUCGGAAGAUACGGCACUUUUAUCAUCGAAAGAUCUGGCACCGAUAUUGACGAGGCGCUGGCAAGUUUACACAACUAUCGCGACAAUAUCCACGUUAUCCAGCAACUUAUCCAGAAUGACGUCAGCAGCACGAAGAUCAGACUAUUCCUGAGGCGAGGAAUGAGCGUACAAUAUCUCAUUCCAGCACCUGUCGUCGAGUAUAUUGAGCAAAAUCAUCUAUAUAGAGACGACGCUCGUUCGUCGAGCACCACUUCUAUCCAGCAGCCAGACAACGACAAAGGAAAGUCUAAGGAAGUCCCGACUGCCAGCUGA